GCCGUCGGCAGUUCAUUCGCGACGUUCGUUCAGAAUUUCCAUUCGUUCAAUCAGUCAGCCCGCGACCGCCGUUCGAAGCAGUGGUUUACUAGUUUCCGUCGUACGAAAACGCGUUUCGGUGUGAUUUGUGUUUUGUUUUGUGGUGCACGAUGGCUUACAACGGUAGUGGUGGCAAGAGACUGUGUACAGGAACCGACCUCGACGUGGAAAGGAGUAAUGGCAACAAUUAUAUGGCGGGCGAGCCCCGUCGCAAACGGGAGCCGCCGGCGCGGCCGAACCACAUUCUCCUGUACACCAUCAUCAACCCCGCCUAUCCUAUCACUGUGGACGUGAUACACACAAUAAGCGCCCCACACGGGCAGGUGCAGAGGAUCGUCGUGUUCAAGAAAAAUGGCGUCCAGGCCAUGGUUGAAUAUCCUUUUCAAUAGAAUAUACACCUUGUAAUAAACAUGGGUGGGUCGGAAUUAGCUU